UCUUUUGUUAGCCGCUCUUGGCCGCGGCCUCUACCUUCGCUCUUCCUCUCAAGAAAACCCACACACGCACAGAAGUUUAUUAUCCAAGUACCAAAAAAAUAAACACACCGUCUGCAGUCCCGCCGGCCCUGAGACAUAAUAAUAAGACAUCAGUAUAGCAUCCAUCAUGUCUCAUCCCUCGCCUCAACAUUUAUCAGCUAACUCAAGAUUGAAUCCUAGACAGGACCCAUCCCCCACCAGCAGUGAUCCAGCUCCGACUGCCACCUCCUCCAGUCCUAGUCCUACUCCCACCUCAUCUCCUGCCCCCAGCAGUUCUCAAACCGACCCUCAACCAACCCCAACCUCAACCUCAACGAAUGCCCAGCCAACAGCUUCCUCGUCCUCAAGGUCCGACCAGCCAACCACUACGGCCACCUCCUCCCCCGCCCCAUCCUCCACUCCAACCCAGAUCUCGACCAGUGAUCCUCCCGCUCAGUCCAGCUCCAAUUCUCAGAGCUCAGCCGCCAAUACUUCCUCUCCGUCUCCUGCUUCCCCCUCGCCUUCACCCCAACCAGGCUCAAACACUUUCUCUAGCCAGCCGCCUGCUGCUUCUUCCUCUCAAGCCUCAUCCCAGAUCGUCGUCGUCACUAGCAAUGUUUACCGGACUAGCGCCGAUCCUAGUGGUGGCAUACACACUUUGACUUCCUACGUCGAGGUCACAGUGGAUAGGCCGGCAUCGACAGUGGUGGCUCCAGGCGCGACCUCGAUUGCCCAACUCCACGACGGGGAGACCCACCAGCCGGGGUUUUUUGACAACCGUGGGGCAGUGAUCGGCACGUUCUUGACGGUAGGCCUGAUUGUCCUCGGCGGCUCGGCGGCCAUCAUCUGGCGACUGGCGCGACUCAGACGCGCCCGGCAGAGGGCCAGGGCAGAUCAGGAUGCCGAGGUGAACUUUGACAAGUUUGUCGGGACCGAUGACGAUGGACGGGUGGCCAUGUUACCGCUCGAAUCUGAACACGAAGACUUUCAGAAUAUCGCCCUCAGUCGUGAACCGCAACUCCCGCAGAUCGACGAUGCUCAGCUCGGGCCGCAGUUCUCCAACCAACCAGGUGGUGAUCCAAUGCUUGGUUAUCUCGAUAACCCCGUCCCCGUCCACUCCAACAUGCAAGAGGUCUAUCCAAUCCGAUUCAGCAAUCGGACUGGCCGCUCGUCUGACUUGGAUACGAUGAACCCCGAGGAGUGGGGCCGAUACAUUAACACCCAUUUUGCUACAACUAGUGGAGGGGCCAGAGCCUAUGGCGAUGCAAGCAAGCCGGAGCUUGUGAGGGUGGACGAAGAGGGCGCAGGGACGGCCGCAGGCCCCCCGAUUAUCAUCUCGAGUGAAGAGCAUGGCUCACAAGGCCUGUUGUCGUUCCAUCCUUCACCCGAUCCACAGCCAGAGAUCCAGACGGUUGAGGAAGAAACCUUCAAAAUGGUUAGCCCGCCCCAGUUUACUCUGGACGAUCAGAUCCCGACGACCGACGAACGUCUGGAGCCUACCGUCCUGCCUGGAUACCAUCUGCAACGGCCAGAAUCCGGUCAACAGGAUGAAUUGGCAAGCUUAAGAGACGACGAAGACUAUAGUCGACGAAUCUUGAGAGUCAGUAAUCCUGAUCUCGAAGAAAAGCAGGAUCAGCCCAGCAAGCCACAUGAGUAG